AUGUCUACCACUAUGGGAAGAACUCAGAGUGAAACUCAAAGACUGGUGCUUAAAGUUUCAGAUGAACGAAACCCACGUCGACAAGGGAAGUAUUUACCACCUUUCAAAUGCUUAACUCCCGGUCAAGAAAAAGACGUAGACAAACUCAUAACACGUCUCGUAUCCCAACAAGAAGCUCAUAUCGCAUUAAUGGAGCUCAUGAAAUGGCGAAUAGAAGGGCUAGAUCCAGUGUAUGCGCAAGCUGUUCAAUUAAAACAAAGAGACCCCAUUUCGGUGAGGUUGAUUUUUCUUCAUGCCAUGUCAUGUGGGUUUAAAUGGAAUUGGUCUUUCUUGAAAUGGGCUAAAUCGAGGAGUGGAAUGGAAAAAGCUCAAAAAUUGAUCUUUAUUGUUGCUCAUUCUAGGGUUGAAAGAAGGGAUUUCUCAAAUGAUGAUGAAAAAGAUGCAGAUUUUUUUGCAUUCGCUAAUGGUAUGAUUAAUGAGGUUUUGUUUGAUGCUUCAUCUCCGUAA